UCGGCUUGCGGUGAGGAGAGUCAAGUAAAGGAGGAAAGUGGCGAAAAGUUGGAUGCGUUCCGGUGCUUAACUCGGUUAUGCAUCACUUCUAGUAGCCGUUAACGUUAUUGCCUCGGAUUAUAAUACCUCUCCUGGAUAUAGCCACAUCCUGGAAUGUGUGGCGGAGUAAUUGAUCCCCUGCAUGCAGCUGCCUGAAGAGUCAAUCACUGAGCAUGGACGUGGAAGACUUCCCUCCCCCGCCUCCUGAAAUGCUGGCAGAUGAGCUCGACGACGAAGACGAGGGCGAAGCCUUUGACUUUGAUGACAGUGAGGAUGACAUUGCACAGGCCGACCACCCACCCCCAACUCCACCAGCUCCCUGCUCGCCCAUCUGCACAGAUAACAGUGAACAUCUCGCCAGCGUGGAUCCACCGCAGCCUUUGUCUGCAUGUGACACAGCUGCGUCAGGAGAAGAUUCCAAACACACGACAGCAGGUCAAGAAACAACAGCAGGGGAGGGGACGUCUGCUGUGGAGGAGAUGGAUUUACCACCCCCUCCCCCUCCUCUUAGAGAUGAUAUGGUGACAGGGCAAACAGUGACUCAGGACUCAGCCAGCAACGGGACACUUUCUUCAGAGAGUGUAUCUAUGAACCCUUCCCAAAACAAAGUCAACCCCUACUCUGUGAUCGACAUCUCGCCACUGAAGUUGGAGCAGUUGGAGCAGCAGUUCAGACCCUCUGGCUCCACCUCCUCGCCGUCAGACUGUAAAAGCCAAGAAGCCGAGCCACAGGAUGCCCCCACCCGCUCUGCUGGCAUCACUUCUGGAUACUCUGUGCCAGUGCCAUGCGGCUACGCCACCCCAUCUGGUGUGCCGCUGAUCACGCCAGCGUACACCACACCUGUCAUCAUUCGACACUUUUCCAUGGAUGAAGAAGUCACUGUAGUUGGAACUGGGAACACAUCUGCUGACAGUGUCUUCAGUGAAGAAUAUCCUCCAAUAAAAGAGGAGGACGCGUUGGCAAAGUGGGCUGCAGAUCCAGCUAACACGGCAUGGAUGGAAAAUCCGGAUGAUGUAAUUUAUGAUGAUGUCCCAAGAGAAAAUUCAGACUCCAACACUGAACCGGAUGAGAUGAUCUACGAUGACGUGGAGCUUGGGGAGGAGGGCGGCUGCAACAGCUCCCUCGACAACGGCUGGAGUUCCAGCGAGUUUGAGAGCUACGAUGAGGCCAGUGACGGAGAAGGCCACUCUGAGAACGGGCUGCCUCACGCCUUCAUGAGAGGAAAACCAUCACAGACAAAGACUCAUCUCUCUCAAGAUCUGACACGCUUGAAAGAACACUAUGAGAGAAAGAUGAAAGAUCUAAUGGCAAACACGGUGGGCACAGUAGAGCUGCAGCAGCUCAAACAGAAACACGAGCAGAAGAUGCAGAAGCUGGUGAAGGCAGCAAAAGACGGGACUAAAGAUGGUCUUGAAAAGACCAAAGCUGCUGUGAAGAAGGGACGCUCCUUCAUUAAGACCAAGUCGUUCUGCAACGAGCGGAAGUCAACUUCUUAUGAGGACGAAGAGUCUGAGGUCUUUAUUGAGGUGGACUGUUUCAAUGUUGAACCCGUUCUGAGUCCAACACCAGGCGGCUUAUCCCAGCAACAAAUGGUGAGGCGGUGCAUUUUAGGAUCCAUUCUGGAGAGCGAGAAGAACUACCUUGACGCCCUACAGCGGAUAUUGGAGCAAUAUGAAAAGCCCCUGUCCCAGAUUGAGCCGCGGCUACUGAGCGACAGGAAACUGAAGAUGACCUUCUACCGUGUGCGUGAGAUCCUGCAGUGCCACUUCCUUUUCCAGAUUGCCCUGGCAAGCCGUGUGGCAGAGUGGGACGGCCUGGAGAUGAUUGGAGACGUGUUUGUAGCAUCAUUCUCCAAGUCUAUGGUGCUGGAUGCCUACAGCGAGUAUGUCAACAACUUCAGUACGGCAAUGACAGUUUUGAGGAAGACCUGUGCGUCCAAACCUGGUUUCCUUGAGUUCUUGAAGCAUCGUCAGGAGACCAGCAAUGACCGAAUGACCCUUUAUGGACUCAUGAUGAAGCCGAUCCAGAGGUUUCCUCAGUUUAUUCUACUCCUCCAGGACAUGUUGAAGAACACCCCAGUUGGUCACCCAGACCGACUACCGCUACAAAUGGCUUUGACUGAGUUGGAGACGCUUGCAGAGAAGCUCAAUGAAAAGAAAAGGGAAGCUGACCAGCGCUGUGAAAUACGCCACAUCUCAAAGGCCAUGAAUGAACGCUACCUCAACAAGCUCCUGAGCAACGGCAGCCGCUACCUGAUCCGCUCAGACGACAUGGUGGAGACAGUCUACAGUGACCGAGGGGAGAUCAUCAAGACGAAAGAGCGUCGGCUCUUCCUGCUCAAUGAUGUCCUCAUGUGUGCCACGCCCAACACCCGAUGCCAUGAUGGAAGUGGCAGCCUCAGUGGCAGCGCUCCUGUGGACCAGCGGUUCCUCCUGAAGUGGAGUGUCCCUCUCAAUUUUGUGGAAGUCUUGGAAUUUGGCUCCAGUGAGGACAUGGCAGACAGCAACCGCUACCCAGCGCCACACUCUGGCGAGAAGGUGGUCAUCAACGCCAAACCAAACAAGUUGUACAUGGGCCCCGGUCAGCUGUACCAAGACCUGCAGAACCUCAUUCACGACCUCAGUCUGGUGAACCAGAUCUCCGGUUUGAUCUGCAGCCUCAAAGGAAACUACCAGAACGUGAACCCCACCGUGGCGCAGGACUGGGUGUCGGGCCUCCAGAGACUGAUCCUGAAGAAGGAGGAGGAGAUCAGAGCAGCCGACCGUUGCAGGAUUCAACUUCAACUGCCGGGCAAACAAGACAAGUCUGGUAAACCCACAUACUUCAGUGCAGUGUUCAAUACAGUCACUCCCGCCAUCAAACAGUCAUGGAUCAGCAAUUUACAAAUGGCCAAACUAGCACUAGAGGAGGACAAUCUGCAGGGCUGGUUCUUCGCAGAGGAUGACAGCAAUCACCUCAAGAAGCAGAAACACCCGCUGCUGCUCCGACAGAUGCCUGUGGUCAUGUCAAAGCUGCAGGAGUUCAAGGUGGAGUGUGCCGUUCAUAACCCAGAGCCGUACAUCAACACGGAGAGCACGGCAGACACACCUGUCGUGGGCCACGGUUGUGUUUGGGUUGCAAGUUGCACCAAUCAGAUGGGCCAGAUCGCCAUCGUGUCCAUGCAGAGCUGCAGUCCUAAAGUGACAGAGUGUUUCAACGUGGAAUCCCGCAUUCUCUGCAUGGCUUACGUCCCGGCAGAGCAAGCUCAGGAAAAUGACACCCCCGAAAACAAUCAGGUCACACCGGCCACAGCGUGUGACACGCCCACUGUCUGCCUGGGAAUGGAGGAGGGCAGUGUUAUCGUCUAUAAGAGCAGCCAGCGGUCAAAAAAAGUACGACUACAGCAGUUUUUCACGCCAGACAAAUCCACUGUCACCAGCCUGGUCUAUAAGAAACACUGUCUGUAUGUCGGACUGGUCAACGGCUCUGUCGCCGUCUACUCCAGAUCAGAAGAUGGUUUGUGGAGUUCAGAGAAGCCCAAACUCUUGAAGCUUGGAGUCCUUCCGGUCAAGACCAUGCUGACUGUGGAGGAUCACGUGUGGGCUUCAUCGGGAGGACAAGUCUUCAUCAUCAGCUCACACACACAUUGUGUCGAGAGGCAGCUGGAGGCCCACCAGGAGGAGGGGAUGGUGGUGUCCCACAUGGUGGUGGCCGGGGUUGGUAUCUGGAUCGCCUUCAGCUCGGGUUCUACUCUUCGCCUUUUCCACACCGAAACCCUUGAGCAUCUACAAGACAUCAAUAUUGCCACUCCUGUACACAACGUUCUACCUGGAAACCAGAGAGUGUCUGUGAGCAGCUUGCUGGUCUGCCACGGGAUGCUGCUGGUGGGAACAAACCUGGGAGUGACUGUGGCGCUCUCCGUACCCCGACUGCAGGGCAUCCCCAAAGUGACAGGUCGGGGUAUGGUGUCCCUGCACGCGCACAAUGGACCGGUGAGAUUCCUCACCGUGGCGGCUGCUGUGUGUAACCGAGCUCCAGCGCCUCCUUCCUCCACCCCAGCCCCGGCAGAGACAGACGACGGGACCGGCCCUGCCCCUCCGUCGGACCCAGCUCAGGGCGUGUGGCUCGGGGAAGCUGGCUGCACCACCAUGGCCCUGAAGGACUCCAUCUCCACCUCCUCCUCUGGAUCCCUGCCUCAGUCCCAGGGCUCGCUGGAGCACGGGCCGGAGGACGGGGCCCUGUACGACAUGCUCCAUGACCCGGCCCACUACCGCCGGGGACGCAGGGCCAGCAAGGUGGACGUCAGCUCUCUCCUGGUGGUGUCUGGAGGGCUGGGCCAUCGGAGGGUCAGCAAGAAGACCAAACCGUCCCGCCAUGACGACAUGACAUCCACCAUCAUGAUCUGGCAGAUUCCUCUGCUGAACAUGUGACCCACAGGCUGACCAAUACACAACUCUUGCUGGGAAACCACAGGGAUCCCAGUUUGGCCCUUCAUACUUUCAUGUGGCCCACUCUGGAGGCAUCAUUGUGAGGCAUCCCAUCCACAGUGUUCCCUGAGGAUUUUAGUAAAAAGUACACAGUGACGUUUAAAACUAGAAUAUAGUUUAUGAAAAAAGAUUACAAUUUUAGUAUCUUUUACUGCCAAAAAUGACUGUAAAAAUAAGUAAGAAAUGCAGAGUUGUUGAUCUUACUUUAUAAGUUCAGAAAACCAAAAUUUUUAAAAAGGAGAAAUACUUUAUGUCAUUUUAUAUUAGCAGAUCACAAUCAUAUCAUUGGACUUAACUAGGUCUGUAACAGUAAAAAAAUAUUAAACCAAUAUUAUAUAAUAGAUAUCAAUGAGUUUUUAAUUUAAUAAUUAAAUUUUUAAGGCUACGAUAUAUUUAUGAUAUGAUUAUAAAUAUUCUACUUUCCUGUGGGAAUAUUAUUAUGGAAAUAUUUUAUUUAAAUUUCUAGGAAUUCAUUAAAAUAAGAAAAAAGGGCUGACAUUUUAUUUGAAAUACUCAUGAAAACAUAAAAAUAAUCAGAGCGUCUACCUUUGAAAUACAAAACAAGAAGUUGUUAGGUUUUUCUCCAGCGAACCUUUGAUCAUGACCCCGGUGCCUCACUGCAGCUAGUUCUUGUGGAACCAAAGACGUCAUGUGUUGAGCAGUUUUUAAAUCAGUGUUCAUGAGAGUUGGAUAAAUGUGCUCUGCAUGAGAGAAGUUUUCGGGGACUGAUCUUCAAUGUUACCAAGAUAUCAGGACGUGGAAAGGUGAGAGACUUCGGGUCGAGCCCUGGCUGGCCGGGGUUCGGCGCGUGGACGCGGUGUUAAAGGGACGGGACGUGUUUAUUUGUAGCAUCUUUGAGGAUAUUUAAAGCAAAGCCUUCAAAGCUUUAUAAUAAUAACAAGUUUUAUACUUUCUGUAUCUGUUUAUUAACAAAAUAUAAACUGUUUAAAAAGAGUCUGUUUGUGUUCAAUUGGGUACUAUUCUGAAGGGCGUCUCCACAGAUGACUUGGCCUGUUGGUAGAUCAACCAAGGAGUUGCU